AUGCCAGACGACCCGGACGGUGCAGACGACAUGGAAAGCGGCCUGCGCGGAAUUCACGCAGAUGAUGGUUACACGUUAGACAAGAAAGGUUCGGGCCUGGCGGAUAUGUCCGAUACAGAGGUGUCACAGUUUAUGCAGGCGGCCAUGGCCAAAAACAGCUCCACCCCUCGCUGCGUCUAUAGCAGAGAGCGCGAGGAGACGAUUUCGAGUUGCUGUGACGGCUGGACCGGCGCCGCCUGUGACUUACCGGUGUGCAACCCCCCGUGUAACGUUCACAACGCCCGCGGGUGUGUGGCGCCCAACGUGUGCGACUGUAAGGAAGACUACACAGGCUAUCGCUGUGACGACCUGACGAAACAGCAAGAAUCCACCCUGCAGUACUGUUACAAGGCGAGCACGUGCUACGGCGAGAAGCACAAAGGUUUUGGUGACGUCACUGUCAGUCAGGACAAGUGCUGCGGGGACGGCGGCGGCUCGUGGGGGGUCGGGGGUACUGACCACUGCGUCACGUGUCCGGAGACCGGGCAGCUUGCGCCUGCUGUGAUCAUGCAGACGACGAAUCUUCCUUUCCGCACGUGCCUCAACUUCGGGCGCUCCUUCUACCGGAUGUUUGACGGGCUCGAGUUCCAGUUCGCGGGCACGUGCACGUACACCCUGGCGGAGAGCGUGCUGCAGGGCUGGCACGUGGAGGUCACCUUGAAAAACUGCGACUACUGGACCACGUGUCGAAAGCUCGUGAAGACCUAUACUGACUCCGGUGACACAGUUGAGACCGAGGGAGGUCAGGUCAAGGUCAACGGACAUCCGGUCAGCAUCCUGCCCGACAAGCCGCUCCUCACUCCCGAGAAAUCGUUCACUGUAAGCGUGAUAGGCGACUGGGUGCUACUGGAGAGCGCUUCCGGUCUUCGCGUCAAGGCGGACCACGCUUCAACCGUCUACGUCACGUUAGACAAGUCGAAGACAGCCGAGCAUCAGGUGCGAGGGUUGUGCGGAAAUAACAACGGAGUACCAGGCAUCCCCGACGAGUUUGCCGGUACUACGAACCCUACAACGUUCGGUAACGCCUUCAAAGUGGUCAAUACCGGCGGCGUGUGCCCAGACAGUACGGCGGUCCAGAAGUACUGCCCGGAAGCGACGAGCAGGGAACGCCGGGAGGCGGAAGAGGCGUGUUCGUACAUCCGCUCAUCGGUGUUCAGCGGCUGUCACAGCCUCAUCGACGUGAACAUCUGGUACCGAAUGUGCAUGAACUACCACUGCGCGGCGGACACCCCGGAAGACAAGACCGCCGUCCGCUGCUUCUACACGGAGGCGUACGCCCGGGAGUGUUCCGGUCAGGGAGUGGUCGUCCAUUGGAGAACCGUGGCCGCCUGUCCCAAGGAAUGCCCGCCGGGCCUCGUGUACUCGGACUGCGCCUCCCCCUGCCCGGCCACGUGCCAGAGUCUCCAUCAGCCCGUCACGUGUCCCGCAGACUGUGUGACCGGAUGUCAGUGCCCGCCCGGGCGCGUGCUCCAGGACGGACGCUGCGUUGAACCGGUCGCCUGCCAGUGCGAGUACAACCAUAUCCGGUUUAACAACACUGCCGUCAUACAGAUCGGAUGUAAUAAGUGGAAGACGACUGUAAGACAGGAAGGUAUGAAGGUCUGCCUGCUGACAGACGACUGUAAGACAGGAAGGUAUGAAGGUCUGCCUGCUGACAGACGAUUCUGUCCAUACGAAGGUAUGAAGGUCUGCCUGCUGACAGACGACUGUAAGACAGGAAGCAAGUGUUACAUGGGCAAAUGGCAAUGCACGGAUGACAAGUGCAGUUCCUCGUGCAACUACUACGGAAUGUCGCACGUGAAAACAUUCGACGGUCUAGAAUACGAAUUCGAGGCGGCGCCUUGCACCUAUGAUCUAGUGCAGCCUGCCUCUGAGGCGAUUAAGGCGGACCCUAGGGCAAACCUUGUCAUCCGGGCCCUUCACGAGGAUUGUGGAACAUACAUGGCGGGUCGCAACUGCAUCGCUGGCGUUCGAGUAGAGACCCAGGGGGAAUCCGUCGUCAUACAAGGUGGCAGCGUCCAGGUGAACGGUCAAGAUUACACGGCCUACAUUCAGGACAAGCCCUAUCUCUCCCACCACCUGUACGUCAAGCAGGUCACCUCUCUCUUCAAGCUCGUGCGGGGGUUCGGCUUCCGGGUACUGUACGGACAGCGGCGGAUCUACGUCAGCGUGGAGUCAUUCUACGACAAUAAGAUUCAAGGCCUGUGCGGCAAGUUCAACUACGUUACGAAUGACGACUGGAUGGCGCCGAACGGGAUCACGGAGAAUAAAGCGGGGGCGUUCGUGUCGCACUACAUGACCCCGCCCAACUGUGCCCGCCAGGCGGAGCGACCCGCCUUCCCCGACUGUCCCAUACUGAAAUUGCAAUACGCCAAGGAGAUUUGUGAGCCGGUGCGUGACGCAACGUCGCUAUGGAAACGCUGCCGCGACCUGCUCGACUUCAACGUCUACUACCAACAGUGCCUGAGUGACGUCUGCUCCGUGAACUCGUUGGACGUCAGCGCUCCCGCGUGCGUCAUCCUGUCGGUGGUGGCGCGAGAGUGCGCUCUUCUGGGAGCGGAAAUCGACGACUGGAGUGGGCAUGCCAGUAUACGCGCAAAGUGUGACGAUCUGACCCGCUGUGGCUCUUCCGGCGGUUCCGUCUACAGCGAGUGUAGCUCGUCCUGUCAAGGUCACUGCCGAGACAAGGAGGUGGCAGACACUUCCUGUAAAGAAGAAUGCGUCGCCGGAUGCACGUGUCCGCCCGGUCAAAUAAUGGACGACAACGGGGAUUGCGUGCGACUCGGUCAAUGCACGUGCUACGACAAAUACGCGCCGGACGGUGACCGUAUCCGGAAGGCUGGUGACGUCAUAGAAAGGAAUUGCCAACGAUGUACGUGUGUUAACGGCGCGUGGCAAUGCGCGCUCGUGAAGCACUGCCUCACUGGCGUCACGUGCCCGCGUAACCAGCGCUACCUGGAGGACAGUCACGUGUGCCAGAGCACGUGUGAGACUCACGGAUACGACUGCGGGCCGGGCUACGUGUACACCGGAUGUGGGUGUCCCGAGAAUACCACCAUGGCGCCGGAUGGUCAGUGCGUGUCCCCAGGGGAAUGCCCGUGUCAGUACGGAACGGAGUGGUUUCCAGUGGGAAAAAUCGUCAAAUCAGGCUGCAAAGAAUUACGGUGUCAGGGUCAGAAGUGGGUCGUCGAAAAGGACAACAACUGCCCAGGAAGCUGCUGGGCGGCGGGCGACCCGCACUACAAGACGUUUGACGGACGCCACUAUUCCUUCCAGGGCGUGUGCUCCUACACGCUUGUUCGUGACGCCACUUCCGGUGGAGCGUUUGACGUCACCGUUCAGAACAUGCCGUGCGGUACGACGGGUGUCACGUGCACAAAGGCUGUCACUGUGCGCAUGUACGGGGUCACGGUUCGACUCCUUCGGGGGAUGCCGCCCACCGUGGACAACAUCACGGUGACCGGAAGUGCCUACAAGACGCACGGGCUCACCAUCAGCAGGUCCGGUUUGUGGGUGUUCGUUCGGGCGCCUAAACUGAAGGUCACAGUGCAAUAUGACGAAGGUACCCGCGUUGGCGUCUAUCUGGAUGGGUCCUGGCGUAACAACGUGGAGGGGCUUUGCGGCAACUUUGAUGGGCGACAGAACAAUGACGGAGGCCUUAACGUGGUUGACUUUGCAAACGACUGGAAAACUAGCACCGCCUGCGCGGACGCUCCGACACCUCGACCCGAAGAGCUCGACCCGUGCCAUGGAGUGGAGCAUCGCGAGCCGUGGGCGACCCAGAUGUGUUCACUCAUAGUGACGGGGGACGUGUUCUCCGCCUGCCGAGAGAAGAUGGAAGACUGGAUGGAGAAGUUCUACUACCAGGACUGUGUGUUUGACGCCUGCAGAUGUGACAUGGGUGGAGACUGCGACUGUCUGUGUACUUCCCUCGCAAACUUCGCCGAGAAAUGUAACGAGCUUGGUACCCCUGUGCGCUGGCGAACCCAGAAACUGUGCCCGUUGCAGUGCGACUACGGGAAGGUUUACACGCCCUGUGGUUCCCCGUACCUGCAGACGUGCGACACAUUGGGCUGGGGACCAGACGACACACCCACUGACUCCUCCCCCUGCGUGGAGGGAUGCUUCUGUCCACAGGGAUUCGUGGAACUUGGUGAGAAGUGCGUGCCCGCAGACGACUGUCCGUGUACCCAGAGCGGUCAGACCUAUCCUCCAGGGACAGCCGUGAAACACAACUGUAUGAACUGCACGUGCAAGCGAGGCAAGUUCGAGUGCACGGGUACCAACUGUACGGGAGCCUGCGCUCCCGGGGAGUUCCUGUGUACAAACGGAGACUGUAUCGGUCAGCAGUACGUGUGUGACGGGUACUCGGACUGCCACGACGGGAGCGACGAAAACAACUGCACAGCGAAGCAAUGUGACAAGGACGAAUUUCGCUGCGGUAACGGCCGCUGUAUCAACGUAAAGUUUAAAUGUGACGGCUUCUACGACUGCCUGGACAUGUCCGACGAGGCCGACUGCGGUGUGCCUCCCUGUGGUCCCGAUGAGUUCACGUGCCGCUCCGGCUACUGUAUCCCGCUGAGCUUCAAAUGUGACGGCGAGUCCGACUGUGGGCCCAUGGACGGCUCUGAUGAACGAAACUGUCCAGUGAUCAAGGAGUGCGCGGUGGUUCGGACCUUCCGGUGCGGCAAUGGCGCCUGUUUGCCUUAUACUCUCCGCUGUGACCGCCACGACGACUGCGGGGAUGGCAGUGACGAAAUUGGCUGCAACUGCACGUGCGAUGGCCAAGGUCUCUUCGCGUGCAUGAGCUGUGAAUGUCUGGACAAGUAUCGACAGUGCGAUGGUGUACGGGACUGUGCUGACGGCAGUGACGAACGAAACUGCAGUUGUAAGGCAGGAGAAUUCACGUGCGAUGACGGUAAAUGUGUCCAGUCCACACAACACUGCGAUGGUGAUGUAGACUGCCAGGACGGAAGUGACGAGGAGGGAUGCGGGGUUACCACCCACCGCCCAUCUGGUACCCCGAUCACCCCGCCCUCCUGUGUGUAUAUCGAGGCCAUGGCAACACCGGGAGCCAUUCAGUCGCAGGACAUAUCUGUGGAUGACCCGGAAGUAGAAGCCAGUAAGGAGAACAUCCGGCCCGGACGGGAACCACUCAAGUCCUACAAAAACACACUCGCAAUCACUGUAACUCUGCCCUUUGGAACCCCGGUGGAAUCAAUAUGGCUGCCCUUGUCGGAAAACGUCGCCGGCUUCACAGUCCACGUGAAGCGGACAGGACAACUGUUUCCGGUCCAGGAUGGCAAGAUAUUCGGACCCACGGAUACAGUCAGCCUGCGCGGACAGUCGGUGGACGGUGUCGUGGUGACCAUGACCUCGCCUGUGCGUCCCGCGCGGCCCUACUACGUCGAGCUGGAGAUCAGCGCCUGUAUAGAUGUGAGGAUUGAGUCCACCACGCCAUUUGUUGUGACCAAACCUACUCCUACUGAAUGCACAGAGAGGAUGCUAGACGGUGACUCCCGGUACGUCCGGGUCGAGGGAUCCACCUCAAAACCGGGUAACGAGCCUGAAGACGCUCUACUUCCGGAAUCCGGUCCCGUGUCAUGCUGGCAGCCGGUCGACUCCGACCCCCUCCCGCGACUGACCUUAAACAUCCUCAGUGCUGGUGACGCGCUGGUUACAAAGCUGCAGAUGACUGUACGGGGAGUUACCAUCGUUAUGGUGGAGUACCUGCCGAGUUCGUUUAUGCCGCCUGUUCGAGUGCUCAGUGACGCUACCGUGCCCUCCGACAUAGAGUUUUCGUCGCCGUCCGGGAAAUCCGCGCGGGUCAUCCAGAUCAAAUUGGUCCCCGCCGCAGGCACUCCCAUAAAACUGUGUGGGCUUAUUGUGACCGCCUGCUUCGAACCACUAGUGAAGACGACAGCUCCCACAGUGAGCUCGAUAGAAUCUUCAACAUACACCAGCACAUACACAAUGACCCCCUCAUCCUCAAGUUUAUCUUCAGUCACAAGUUCACAAGAGUCGACGUCUUCAACAGCAUCCUCUGAGUUCUCUACUUCUUCACCGUAUUCAUCUGAGUCAUCUACUGCCACGCCGUAUUCCUCAAAGACAUCAAGUGCUACACCGUAUUCAUCUGAGUCAUCUACUGCGACGCCGUAUUCCUCAAAGACAUCAAGUGCUACACCGUAUUCAUCUGAGUCAUCUACUGCGACGCCGUAUUCCUCAAAGACAUCAAGUGCUACACCGUAUUCAUCUGAAUCAUCUACUGCAACGCCGUAUUCCUCAAAGACAUCAAGUGCUACACCGUAUUCAUCUGAGUCAUCUACUGCGACGCCGUAUUCCUCAAAGACAUCAAGUGCUACACCGUAUUCUUCUGAGUCCUCUACUUCUACACCGUACUCCUCAAAGACAUCAAGUGCUACACCGUAUCCCUCUGAGUCCUCUACUUCUACACCGUAUUCCUCAGAGACAUCAAGUGCUUCACCGUAUUCCUCUGAGUCCUCAACUGCUACACCGUAUUCCUCCGAGUCCUCUACUGCUACACCGUAUUCCUCAAAGACAUCAACUGCUACUCCGUAUUCCUCAAAGGCAUCAAGUGCUACAUCGUAUUCUUCUGAGUCAUCUACUUCUACACCGUAUUCCUCAAAGACAUCAAGUGCUACACCGUAUCCCUCUGAGUCCUCUACUUCUACACAGUCUUCUGAAUAUUCAUCUUCUACGCCGUCUUCUGAGUAUUCAUCUUCUACGCUGUCUUCUCAAUCAUCAUCUUCAACACCGUCUUCUGAAUCUUCAUCUUCAACGUCGUCUUCUGAGUCAUCAACUUCAACGCCGUCUUCUGAGUCAUCAACUUCAACACCGUCUUCUGAGUCAUCAACUUCAACGCCAUCGUCUCAAUAUUCAUCUUCAACGCCGUCUUCUGAGUCAUCAUCUUCAACGCAGUCUUCCGAAUAUUCAUCUUCAACGCCGUCUUCUGAGUCAUCAACUUCAACGACGUCUUCUGAAUAUUCAUCUUCUACACCCUCUUCUCAGUCAUCUACUUCUACACCGUAUUCUUCUGAAUCAUCCAUUUCAACAACGUCUUCUGAAUAUUCAACAUCUACACCAACAUCUUCUGAAUAUCCAUCAUCUACAACGUCUUCUAAAUAUUCAACUUCUACAACGUAUUCUGAAUCAUCAUCGUCUACAACGUCUUCUGAAUAUUCAUCUUCGACGCCUCCUUCUGAAUAUUCAUCUUCUACGGCUUCUUCUGAGUCAUCAACUGCCACAGCAUAUUCUGAGUCAUCAUCUACCCCGCCUUCUGAAUCGUCAUAUUCUACAACUUCCUCUGAAUCUUCGUUACCUUCUACAACUUCUUCUGAGUCGUCGUUACCUUCUACAACUUCUUCUGAAUCGUCGCUACCUUCUACAACUACUUCUAAGUCUUUGUUACCUUCUACAACUUCUUCUGAAUCGUCGUUACCUUCUACAACUUCUUCUGAAUCGUCGUUAUCUUCUACAACUUCUUCUGAAUUGUCGUUACCUUCUACAACUUCUUCUGCAUCGUCGUUGCCUUCAACAACUGCUUCUGAGUCGUCAUUACCUUCCUCAACUGCAUCGGAGUCGUCAACUUAUACACUGUCUUCUGAAGCUUCGUCAAGUUCAUCUCCCUAUUCAUCGGUCACGACAACACCAGAGGUUUGUUUGGAGCCCUUGACAACAAGCCGGGCCCAGUACGAGUACAGCUCACAGGGGCCGUUGUCUGGGAACGGAACCUUCGAUGGCGAGCCCUGGAGGCCCCUUUUCUCCGACGCUACACCGGCAUUGACCGUCAAGUUCAGGGCGGCGAUGCAGGUGCGGCAGGUAACUCUGCGCGGCUCCACCCUCACGGCGCUCCUCGAGUACCAGACACCCGCGGGCGCCUGGGAGACUGAGUAUGACAAGGACGGCAGACCUAGGGUUUUUCGAUUGGACAAACCGGAUGUGACCACCAAGUUCCGGUUCGCGCCGGUUAAGGUCACUGCUCUGCGUGUACGUAUCACAUCCGGGGGCGGCGCUUAUCUUCAAGUGGAACUGUACGGAUGCCAAGUUGGAGUCAUAGAGACUACGACACCCUCCGUGACGACAAUGUCAGAGUCCGUUCUCACAACAGUUAGCAGUCUACAAGAGUCGAGCUCCACCACAGGUUAG